GCUUCCUUGCCCACAAAAAACCUUUAACAGUUCUCUGCUCUUUUCCCAAAGAAAAGCAAUUAAGAGAUGAGAGAGGGAGAGAGAGGGAGAGAGGAGCCAUGGACCAAGGCUAGAGCAGAGAGAAGACAGAACACAAGCACACAAGCAUUCACUGAAGCAGAGACCGGAGCAAUGCACUAUCUCGAGCAGAGUACUGGACAGUAGAAACCCUUCUCCCACAAGCCAUAUAUAUCUCAAAAGACAAAGCCAUUGUUGCCACAGAGAGAACAUAUUCCCCUCACCUUCUUCUCCCAGCUUCAAUGUGAAGCCUCUCCUCCAUCUUCUUGUGAAGCUUCUCAAGAUUCUUGCGUGCCUUUACCCUUCUGUCUCGAGCUUACUAAACCAGCUCCAAUGGCAAUGGCUGCGCUCUAACUAGUCUCCAACUAUAAUUCACAAGCCACAAAGAAACCAAGCAGGAUGAGGCCUUCACCUCUGAUCUUGCUCUUGCUCUUGCAUUUCGCUCUCUUGUCCACCAAUGGCGCCGCAAUCUCAAGCGCCAAUGGAAGUGCCCUGCGUGGCGAUGCGAUGGCGUUGCUCUCCCUCAAGGCCGCCCUCAACUGCCGCCCGCACAAGCUGCGGUCGUGGUCGGUGGGCAAUGCCGUGUCGGUGUGCGCGUGGACCGGCGUGCGCUGCGACGGCGCCCGGGUGGUCUCCGUCGACAUCGCCAACGUGAACCUGUCGACUGGGGUUCCCGUGUCGGCCGCGGUGACGGGGCUUGACGCGCUCCAGAACAUCUCCCUCGCCGGGAACGGCAUCGUGGGCGCGGUCACCGCGUCCUCGCUCCCGGCGCUCCGGCACGUCAACGUCUCCGGGAACCAGCUCAGCGGAGGGCUCGACGGUUGGGACUUCCCGUCGCUGUCAAGCCUCGAGGUGCUCGACGCCUACGACAACAACUUCUCAUCCCCUCUCCCGCUAGGCGUCGCGGCGAUGCCGCGGCUCCGGUACCUCGACCUCGGCGGAAACUAUUUCACCGGCGAGAUACCGCCGGCGUACGGCGGGAUGCCGGCGCUGGAGUACCUGUCCCUCAACGGCAACAACCUGCAGGGCGCCAUCCCGCCAGAGCUCGGCAACCUCACGAGCCUCAGGGAGCUGUACCUCGGGUACUACAACGUUUUCGACGGCGGCGUCCCCCCGGCCCUCGGCCGCCUGCGCAACCUCACGGUGCUGGACAUCUCCAACUGCGGCCUUACCGGCCGCAUUCCGGCUGAGCUCGGCGCACUCUCCUCCCUGGACACGCUCUUCCUCCACACCAACCAGCUCUCCGGCACCAUCCCACCGGAGCUCGGCAACCUCACGUCGCUCAACGCGCUGGACCUCUCUAACAACGCGCUCACCGGUGAGGUCCCGCGCUCCCUCGCGUCCCUCGCCUCGCUCCGGCUGCUCAACCUGUUCCUGAACCGCCUCCACGGCCCGGUCCCCGACUUCGUGGCCGCGCUGCCACGGCUAGAGCUGGUUCAGCUCUUCAUGAACAACCUCACCGGCCGCAUCCCCGCUGGGCUCGGCGCCAAUGCGGCGCUCCGCCUCGUCGACCUGUCGUCGAACCGGCUCACCGGCGAGAUCCCGGAGACGCUGUGCGCGUCCGGCGAGCUCCGCACGGCCAUCCUCAUGAACAACUUCCUGUUCGGGCCUAUCCCCGGCUCGCUCGGCUCGUGCACGAGCCUGACCCGGGUCCGGCUCGGCCAGAACUACCUCAACGGCACCAUCCCCGCCGGCUUACUCUACCUACCGCGGCUCAACCUGCUCGAGCUCCAGAAUAACCUGCUCUCCGGCACGGUCCCCUCGAACCCAAGCCCGAGCCCGACCGGUUCGCAGCUGGCUCAGCUCAACCUGUCCAACAACCUGUUGUCCGGGCCGCUACCUAGCACGCUGGCCAACCUCACCGCACUGCAGACGCUGCUCGUCAGCAACAACCGGCUCGGCGGCGCCGUGCCGCCGGAGGUCGGGGAUCUCCAGCGGCUCGUGAAGCUCGACCUCAGCGGCAACGCGCUGUCCGGGCCGAUACCGGAGGCCAUUGGGCGGUGCGUGGAGCUAACGUACCUCGAUCUCAGCAAGAACAACCUGUCCGGGCCGAUCCCCGAUGCGAUCGCCGGCAUAUGGGUGCUGAAUUACCUCAACCUGUCGAGGAACAUGCUUGAGGACGCGAUCCCGGCGGCGAUCGGGGCGAUGAGCAGCCUCACGGCGGCCGACUUCUCAUACAACGACCUGUCCGGCCAGCUUCCUGACACGGGUCAGCUGGGAUACAUGAACUCGACGGCGUUCGCGGGCAACCCCAGGCUGUGCGGGCCGGUUCUGAACCGGCCGUGCAACUACAGCGCUGGCGUGGCGACGGCGGGGCCGCGACGGGCUGGGGCAGGGGACCUGAAGCUAGUGCUCGCGCUGGGGCUGCUCGCGUGCUCGGUGGUGUUCGCUGCAGCGGCCGUGCUGCGCGCGCGGUCCUUCCGCGGCGGGCCCCACGGAGCCGGCGCAUGGCGGUUCACGGCGUUCCACAAGGUGGACUUCGGCAUCGCGGAGGUGAUCGAGUGCAUGAAGGAUGGGAACGUGGUGGGGCGCGGCGGUGCCGGCGUGGUGUACGCGGGGCGGACCCGCUCCGGCGGCGCGAUCGCCGUGAAGCGCCUCCAAGGCGGCGGCGCGCCGGACGCCGUGCGGCACGACCACGGGUUCCGCGCGGAGAUCCGGACGCUGGGCAGCAUCCGCCACCGGAACAUCGUGCGGCUGCUGGCCUUCUGCACGAACCAGGAGGCGAACGUGCUGGUGUACGAGUACAUGGGCAACGGCAGCCUGGGCGAGCUGCUCCACAGCAAGGGCGGCGGGUUCCUGGCGUGGGACCGGCGGUACCGGAUCGCACUGGAGGCGGCGCGUGGGCUCUGCUACCUCCACCACGACUGCACCCCGAUGAUCGUGCACCGCGACGUCAAGUCCAACAACAUCCUCCUCGGCGACAGCUUGGAGGCUCACGUCGCCGACUUCGGCCUCGCCAAGUUCCUCCGGUCUGGGACCGCCGGCGCCGGCGCCACCUCCGAGUGCAUGUCCGCCGUUGCCGGCUCCUACGGCUACAUCGCCCCAGAGUACGCGUACACUCUGCGGGUGGACGAGAAGAGCGAUGUGUAUAGCUAUGGUGUGGUCCUGCUGGAGCUCAUCACGGGGCGACGGCCCGUGGGGGAGUUCGGGGAAGGGGUGGACAUUGUGCAGUGGGCGAAGCAGGUCACCGACGGGCGGCGGGAGGCCGUGUCGGGGAUCGUGGACCGCCGGCUCAGCAUGGCGCCCAUGGACGAGGUGGCGCACCUCUUCUUUGUGUCCAUGAUGUGCGUCCAGGAGAACAGCGUCGAGCGGCCGACGAUGAGGGAGGUGGUGCAAAUGUUGUCAGAGUUCCCCCGCCACGCGUCGACCCAGACGUCACCGUCGACAUCGUCAGCGCCGGAAAGGGAUGAGAGCAACCCCGCCGAGAAGGAGCCCAACUGCUACAAGCUGUUCCCGGACCUGCUGGCCUAAAGUGCAGCCAGCUCAACACAGUUGCCAUUGUUAUGCAACUCAUCGUGGAGGACUAAAGUCGUUACAACAUGUACUGCUGCUAAUUGGAGGUAGAAUUCUACAAUAUGGUAGGCCUGAUAGUGGUGGUGGUGGUGACAAGAGCUGGGGAUCAAUGACAUGUAACUUUAUUUCUUUCAUCUUCUUUUCUAAUUUUUUUCUUUAUUUUUCUGGUUCAUUAAAGGUGUAUAGGGUCUGAUCAUAUGCUAUCACCUAGGGGUUUGUGCUGUCCAAUGUAAUAGUAUCUCUUGCAUCAUAGCUUUGGCACUUUGUAAUCUCCUGGUAAUCUUUAGCCACCAA